CUUUGGCGGCGCUUCUUACUUCCUGUUUUGUCCUUCGCUCGCCGCUCCAAAGUGUCUCAGCCGUUCUGAAGCGGACCUACAGGACCACGGAGCUGGUCCAUCGGCUCCGGGUUGAGUCCACAUGUGUGUGCCGGCCCAGAUCGCCGAUGAGUCGGCGUCGGUCCGGAUGGAUUUCACUUGGACUUUUAGCCGUUCAGAAGCUAAUGCUAAUAAGCUAAAAGUGCUUUUCGUGAUGGUCACCUGCAGUGUCUUCCAGUCCACUCAAGUGUCCUUCAGGACGGACUGUUGUCCGUUUAGACCGGGUCCAAAUCAAGUCCUGGUCGUGGUAAGACCGAGUCCAGUGAGUUGGAGUGCUUGAUGUUUGGAUGCUUUUUACAAAGUUUUGGUUUUUAACUUGAUGUGUGAGGACCGCGAUGGCCGACCCCCCCCACACAACUCCCACGUCACUGUGUUGCUGCCGGAAGUCCCCGUCCGCCGGGGGGCGCUGUGUCGGGGACUCCGGAACAGCCAGGCGAGCUCGGGGGUCCCGGCGGUGCUCGCCGGUGGAUGUGGCGUCUGCCUCCAACUUCGGGCACUUCCGGCUGCGUCACUUCCACUUGGACCUGCGCCUCAACUUUGCCAUGAAGGAGAUGAGCGGCUGGCUGGUCCUGGAUCUGGUCCCGCUCCAGCCGGGGGUCCACACCCUGGUCCUGGACUCCCACCCCUCCCUGCUCAUCCAUGCCAUAGACUGUAAGCUCUCCACCUCCCCUCAGGAGGAGCCCGCCUCCCUCACCUACCGCAUCGACCCCUUCGCUGAUUACGGCUCCGCCCUCAACAUCGGCCUGCCCGACGCCGCCCUCAAAGUGGGAACGGCGCUCCAGGUCACGGUCCGCUACACCACCACCGAUGGCCCGGCGAUCUGGUGGCUGGACUCGGAACUGACUUGCGGUCAAGGUCGUCCGCUGGUUUUCACUCAAGGUCACUCGGUGUGUAAUCGUUCCUUUUUCCCGUGUUUCGACACUCCGGCGGUGAAGAGUACGUACACGGCCUCCGUCAGGGUCCCGGACGGCGUGACGGUGCUGAUGAGCGCGUGCCGGAGCUCCUAUUCCAAACAGGACCGGGUCUUCCAGUUUUCCAUGGACUUUCCAGUGCCGUCCUACUUGGUGGCGCUGGUGGCAGGCGAGCUGCAGCACGUGGAUGUGGGCCCCAGGAGCCGUGUGUGGGCGGAGCCAUGCCUGCUGUCAUGUGCCAUGAAGAAGCUUGGGGGCAGCGUGGAGCGCUGGCUGGGUGUGGCCGAGGAACUGUUUGGAGCCUACCUGUGGGGCAGGUGCGACAUCGUCUUCCUGCCCCCCUCCUUCCCCAUUGUCGCCAUGGAGAACCCUUGUCUCACCUUCAUCAUCGCCUCCAUUCUGGAGAGCAGUGACUUCCUGCUGAUUGACGUCGUACAUGAGAUUGCCCACGGCUGGUUCGGCAAUGCCGUCACCAACGCCACCUGGGAGGAAAUGUGGCUCAGCGAAGGCCUCGCCACUUACGCUCAGCGGAGGAUCACUGCCGAGGCCUACGGCGAGGAGUUCACGUGUCUGGAAAGUGUGGUUCGAUUGGACGCUCUGCACAGACAGCUGCGUCUCCUUGGAGACAACAACCCUGUGAGCAGGCUGCAAGUCAAGUUGGAGCCAGGUGUGAACCCCAGCACACUGAUGAAUCUGUUCACCUACGAGAAAGGUUUCUGUUUUGUGUCCUACCUGUCAAAGCUGUGUGGCGACGUCAGACGCUUCGACUGCUUCCUUCGGGACUACAUCUCGGAGUUCAAGUUCCAGAGUGUUUUGGCUCAGGACCUGAUUGACUACUUCCUGGAUUAUUUUCCUGACGUCACUCACAGGGAAGGUGUGGAUUUUGAGCGCUGGUUGAAUGGCUGCGGGCCGCCGCCGUAUGAGCCUGACCUGUCAGCAGGGAACGCUCUGACAGGGCCGGUCCAAGACUUGUGCCGGCUGUGGACGAGCAGCGAAGACCUCGAUCUGCAGGCCGUGGCCACCUUUGAUCUUUCAACCUGGAGCACCUUCCAGAUCGUUCUGUUUCUAGACCGCAUGUUGGAUCACGCCCCUCUGCCGCACGAUGUGAUGUCCAGGUUGUCUGGGAGCUACGCGUCGCUCUUUGACGGCCUCAACGCGGAGGUGCAGGUGCGCUGGCUGCAGAUGGUCGUACGGAGCGCCUUCUAUCCCGAUCUGCCGCGACUUCGAGCCUUCCUGCACAAACACACAUCCAGGAUGUACACGGUGCCGCUUUAUGAGGACCUGGUGGGCGGGGUGAUGAAGUGCGUCGCUGUGGAGAUCUUUCAGCAGACGCAGCGGCGCCUGCACCCCAACCUGCGCCGCACCUUACAGCAGCUCCUGUUCCAGGGCACCGCAGCUCCGCCCGCUCAGAACGGCCCUGCCCUCGCCAUUGUCCCGUUACGGGACGUGAACGUAUCGGCAUAAUGUGGACUGAGACGUCAUUCCUGCUGGCAUGGAAACAACGAGCACCUCAAAGAUGACUGUUUUUAAAAUAUAAAAACUUUUUUUUUGUUGUUACUAAUGGUGACUCAGCAUAUUUUCAACUGCUGUGUGACGAUGACGCCUUCACUGUAGCGGGGACAUGACAGUGUUACUGGUGCUCUACUUUGAAAUGAUGCAAUCCACCUACAUGCCUGUGUUAGCAUAAGCAUGCUAGAAUUCAACACAAAAGAAUGUUUCUUUCAAUUAUCGAUCGUCAAUAACAGUGAAUUGACUUGUAGUGUCACAUAUUGACGGAUUACUUUUUGUCCAUUAUUCAGUUUUUCAUUCUUUUUGCCUUCUCUUAUUUAUAAGGCUGCUAGGCUAGCAGUGCUAAAUUAGGCUACUGGCAGUGUUAAGCUAGACAAACGGGCGCUGUGAUUGGCUGACUGCGAUGGCAACGAGUUUGCCGCGGGGCAGUAUCUUCUGCUCCAAAAAACCUGUUCUGUGCUGCAGAGCUGUGAUUGGCCGCCACAGGUCACGUGGCAGGCCGAUAUUGUCCAGCAGACAAAAAAAAAGUCAAUACGUUUUGCCAAGUUGACUUGGAUCCACUUCCCAGGAAGAUGUCCUUUUUAUUUUAAACAGUGGACUUUGUGGCUUAUUGGACUUUUGGCAGAGAAGAACAUCGCGGCAACGCAUCCAAAAGUGAUGGAGCGGGUACGCACACACUAAUUUAAAGGCGCUAAAUGAAUGAUUGAUGCUCCUACCAAACAAUCUGACAGAUGACUGACAGGCGUUCGUUGUGUGUGUCAGUGCGAGUCAGUCAGCAGUGUCAGCGACUCGUCCAUGUCAAUGAACAUGACGACUGUCACACUGGACAUGGAGAAGUUUCCCUUCCUGGGAGUCAACAUUGUCGCUCAAGACAACGGUGAUGGCGCCGUCUACAUCGGGUCCAUCAUGGAGGGUGGGGC